AAAAUAUUAAUUAAAAUGUGUUUGCCCUGCAAACGAACACAUACAAAUGUGAACUCGAGCCGGCUCCCGUAUCAUUGAUGGGAUAGAAGGCCAGUGGAAUCGUCAUCCGUAGAGUUCAUAGUUGCAUUCGCAGCCGCAAGGAUAAUCUGUUUAGUUCGGACAAACGCUCCGCCAGCAUCCAUUGAGCACACGGUCCCCAGAGGACUCUCAGCAUCAUGAAGAUAUUCCGACUUCGUCUGGUCAAAUUGCUGCUGUUUGGCUUUAUUAUCGCCAAUCUGGUGUUCUUCUAUUACACCUGGAACACGCUGCUCUGGCGGCGCAUCAGCAGUGCGCUUUCGGGCGAGGGCGGAGAGGCGAAGCCAAAGAGCGACGGCAUCCGUGUUAAGCUCUCGCCAAAGGACAAGGCGCGCAAUGCCAACAAGCACAUACGCAAAUCGAUAACAAUUGUAUUCUAUGGCCACUACAACUUCGAGCAGGAUCUGCGGCCCAGCAUUGAGAGCAUACUGGAGGUUGUGCCCAAUAUACCCAUUCUGGUGCUGCAGGAGGGCGCCGCCGAGUAUGCCUAUCCGCCGGAUAGCUUUGAGCGGAACCUGACCAGCGGCGAGGAGCAGACGGUUCACUUCAUGAGUCUGGCCUUCGAUGUGCGCCGAACGCGGGAGCAGCUGAACCCGCUCGCCGCAAUACACACAAAAUAUGCGCUCCUUAUGCCGGACAGCGUGCGCUUGAGCAGCAAGAAUCUGCUGCAGAAGAUUCUGCGCGAGAUCAACACGAAGUCCGGCUCGCGGGAGCCUAGCAAACCCCAGCAGCGAGUGACCGUCGCGCCGGAGGAGCCUGUGCGUCGUUUGGUACUCGUUCCGUUCGCGGGAAACCAGAAAUCCUUCAGCAGUUGCGCCAAGCUGAACCUGGACCUGCCCAAUUGGACCAUGGAAUUAGAUGCACGCAAUGAUAGUACGCACUGCGACCUGUUCCUGCAGAAGCACGCGAUUCUCAUAGACGUGGCGACACUCGGUUCUAUGCCGUUGCCAUUCGCUCUGCCCUUCCCGGAGAUGCUCUACGUGCAGGCCAAGAUUGCCAACCUAACGACCACCGUUUUUCCUCAAUCUUUUCUGGAGGGGCGCCGGCUCUUUGCCUCCUUCCACACGAAGCAGCGGCGCAUGGAUCUGCGACGCCGCCAGUUCCGUGAGAUGUACAAGAAGCUGCAGAUCAAGCGCCUGAUACGACGAACCCACCGAGUCGGCGGCAAGUCCACGGCACGUGAAGGCAACUGGCAGCCGCACAGCCCCGUGCUGGAUGCACAGUUCUCCUCAUCCAACUUCUCGCUGCCCCUCGUCACGGACAUUGAUCUGUUUGGGUGCGAGAGAACGACCAAGUCGUGCAUUGGCACCGUCUACAACAAUCGUCCCUUCUACCACUAUCUGGGCAAGCACACGCCCCCGUGCUGCCUGGAUAAGCUGAAGACGACCUUCAACCAUGUGCUCGAGGAGUUCGAGAACGUGGGCAUACGCUACUGGCUGGACAACUAUGCGCUCAAGAGCGCCAUCGAAACCAAUCAGCUCUCGCCCGACGCCUUCGACAUUGACAUCAGCUUCAAUGUGCAGGAUUUGGAGCGUUCGAACGCCAUGAAGAAAUCGCAGAGCAAGCCUCACGUGGACGGCGAGGGAUUCUACUGGAUAAAGGCAACCGAUGGCCAUUACUUCCGUGUGCAGUUCUCCAAGGUCAAUCAAGUGGGCGUCAAUCUGUUGCCCUACGAGAUUAGCGGCAACGAGGUCCGGGCCAGCGGCUUCUUCGGCUGGAAAGCAUCCACCUUCGCUUCCGACUAUUUGCAUCCCAUGUCGACCGUGCUGUUUCUGGGCAAGAGUGUCAUGUGCCCCAACAAUGUUUUGGAGUUUCUCGAAGGCAAAAACAUCAAGGUCAAAUCAGAUGAUCCCAUUGAAGAUUAGCUGAACAUUCACGUUAGCAUCAAUUGUGUUUAGCUCUAAGUUUCCAUUUAAAGAUCGUUAAGGAAGAGUUUGAAGUCUUUACUCUACACACUUCCUACUAAAUGUACUAUAUGAUCGUUGUGCUAAGCUCUAUUUGUAAGAUUAAGGUUAUGUGUUCCUUUCUGUGCUCCCAUAUUUAUGUUGAUAGCUAGCUCGCAUCUGUCUAUAGAUAUAGCUAGAUUAGUUUGUGAUUAUUCCUCAAGCCAAGGUUCCCGGACCUACUCGUCUACAGUCCAUUCAAUAAAGAUCUCUGUACUAUUCGUACUUAUUUAAUACGCUAA